AUGGGGGCCAGGCUGCUGUGCCUGUGCAUCCUCACAGCCCUCCUCGGCUACUACAUCUACACCCCGAUCCCCGAGGACCUGGCCGAGCCCUGGGCAGUGAUGCUGGUCUCGGCUGUCCUGAGGACCGUGGGGCACCUGUCGGAGGCGGCGGAGCUGCUGGGGCUGAUGCACUACAUGGAGGGCAUGAGGCUGAUCACGGCCGCCGAGUUCGUGGCUCCCACGUCCGAUGAGAACGUCACUGUGACGGACACGGAGCUCAGCAACGUCCCCGUCCGCCUGUUCCUGCCCAGGAGGGCACCUGGCGGGCUCAGGAGGGCCGUGCUCUACUUCCACGGCGGGGGGUGGUGCCUGGGAGACGCAGGCAUGCAAGGCUACGACUUCAUGUCACGGCGGAUUGCAAAUGAGCUAAAUGCUGUCGUGGUGUCAGUCAACUACAGGUUGGCCCCUCCGCACCGUUUCCCGGCCCAGUUUGAAGAUGUGUACUCGGUGACCAAGUUCUUCCUGCAGAGCCAGGUGCUCUCCCAGUACGGGGUGGACCCAGCGCGGGUCUGCGUGGCCGGGGACAGCGCCGGGGGCAACCUGGCCGCGGCCGUGGCACAGCAGCUGUUGGAGGACCCUGAAGUCAAAACCAAGCUCAAAGCUCAAGUUCUGAUCUACCCAGCUCUGCAGGCGCUGGACCUGAACCUGCCGUCCUACCAGGACAACGCCGACAAGCCGCUCUUGUCCAGGUCGCUGAUGGUCCGGUUCUGGAGCGAGUAUUUCACGUCGGACCCCGCUCUCAGGGAGGCCAUGGCCUCCAACAGGCACGUCCCGCCCGAGUCCGGCCACCUGCUGCGGUUUGUGGACUGGAGCCGCUGGCUGCCCGCCGAGAUGCGGGGGUCCCACACGUACCGCGGCCCGGCGGCGGGCGACGCGGAGCUGGCCCGGCGGUACCCGGGGCUGCUGGACCCGCGCGCGUCGCCGCUGCUGGCGGAGCAGGCCCGGCUGCGCCGCCUGCCCCGGGCCUACAUCCUGACCUGCGAGCACGACGUGCUGCGCGACGACGGCGCCAUGUACGCGGCCCGGCUGCGCGCCGCCGGCGUGCCCGUCACCCACCACCACGCCCAGGACGCCUACCACGGCGCCAUCACCUUCCUCGUGGGGCCGCUCGAGCAGGCCCUGGGCCGUCGCCUGUUCGAGGCCUGCGUGGAGUGGCUGCGGGAGAACCUGUGA